AUGAAUAGAUUAGGUAAAAUAGUGCAUAAAAUAGCGAAUUAUGUUCCGUGGCAAAGUGAAGGACUUACAGAAGAUGAAUUUAAAGUCUUGGAUCGAGCAAAUGGAGUGGAACUGGCAGAAAUUGCAUACAAUAAUCGAAUUAACUUCAAUAGAUUUCUCAAGAAUGCUGAUUUAAUGAUUGAUGCCUAUAAUGAGAACUUAGUUUGGACUCAAAUUAAGGAAGUCAGAGCUUUAAAGCGAUGCUUAUUAAAUCCAGGAUCAUUUACUGUACAAAAAGUUCCAGUUGGUGCUGAAAAGGAGAAACAAGUUACAGUACGAACUGUCCAAAAUGACGAUAAUGUCGUUCCACAAAUGGAAUUGCCACAAAAUUCUCCAGAAAAUAUCAGACAUUGCAUCGAAGAAGCUCCGGAAAGACUAAUUGAAAAUGAAUUAGCACAAACAGUACCAAAUACUCGAACUUUUGUAUCAAGCUUGCUUGCUGACAAUUCGGGAUUAUCUAAAUCUAUUUCAAUGCACCGAAAUGUUAUUCGUGAAACUGGAAAUAUAACAUUACAGCAACAAAAUCCUAUUCCUAAUGUCGACAGUUCAUUAGACAAUGAUGAAAUGCCGAUAUUAGAUGAAAUGGAAAUGGCUAAAAUGGGUGUUUUUGAUGGACUUGCUGGAAAAAGAAUUUCAAGAGUUUUACACCAAAGAGAAAGAGCACAUCCAAUUCCAAAUUUAAGUGUUGAUGCUGAAUCAGCUCCUAGAAAUGUUCAGCCGCUAGAAAUUGACAUUAAUCCAUUAUCUGUCGAAAAUAUGGACAAUCUUUUAUUCACCCCUAAUACAGAUUCAUACGAUGUUCCUGAUCUAAGUCCACUUCAUGCAAACCAAGAACAAAUCCAGCAACCAAUAAUUAACGAUCAACAGCAGAGCCAAGUUAUCGUUGAACAAAUUAAUCCUGAAAAUGUCCAAAUACCAAAUUUAAAUGCAGAACAAGCGCAAGAAGAGAUUGAAAAUGCUACGAAUGGACGAGAUAGCAUGGCUGAACGCGCUGACUCAUUCCGAAAUGCUGUUGAGGCAUUUGAAACACUUCUUGGACGAGCUCGUCGAGUCAUUAGAAAAGGAAAGAAUCUACAAAAUCGUCAAAGACAGCCACAAAUGGAAGAAGAGUUGGUCAUGCUUAAGUUACGAAGGGAAGUUACAUUUAAAACCAAAAAAACAAAACACGCACGAAAAAUCAAGCAAAAUAAAUUAGUAAUUGUGGAUUUAGACUUUUUUGGUGAUAUUGAAGUAUAUAUUUCUAAUGAUAUGCCAUUUGAUGAAGCACAGUUAGAAGUUGAAGUUCCACAACGACGUGAAAGUGACUUUAAUAUCGAAUUUAAUCCUGUAACAUCACAUCAUCGUGUCGCAACAUCAACGCCAAUGAAUUCAGCACAGAAAAAUAAACGAUUAAUUAGCUCACCAGAACAACUUGAUCAACAAGCAAAAAGAACACGAUUAGAAACUCUUGAUGAUGUCCGUAAUUAUCUUAUAGAUCUGCCCAAUCCGACUGAAAGUAUGGCUCCAAUUCCUGAAGUUCCACAAGAAUUGACAGAUGUUGAAGUCCCUGCAUUAAAUCAAUCAAAUUCUGCUCAACAACCGGUACAACUAACUUCAUUGUCAGUUCCACAUAUCCCUAGUAUCGAACCAUCCCUUCCAAUUCAUCCAAUCCAACAAGACCAUUUUGAACCUCCAAUAAUUGAACCUGAAUUGCCUCAAUUAGAUAUUUUUGAGCCACCUGCACCAAUUCAACGAGAAUUACUUCCUGCAGUCCCUGAAAUUCCCGAAUUAGAAAUGGAAUCAUCUCCACUUCCAUUAGCUGAAUCAUCUCGUGAACAAACCAUUCCACAAAUGAGACGUCAAUCACGUUUAGAAAUUUUACAGAACCUUCAUGUUACGCCAGAUUCUAUUGAUUAUGAUCGAUUAAGGCGAAACUCAAAACUUCGAAAGACUCCAAUUGAUUCAAGAAUACAAAUCUUGCCUGAAGAAAUAUUCCAAAAUGCUUGUGAAAAUAUAUCAGAGCGAGAAGCUGCAAAAAUGAGAAAUGCAUUGGGAAAUAAAGCCCAUGAACCACUUUUAAAUCCACCUGAAAUACCUCAAACAUCAACUCCAGCACCAAAACCAGUAAAAGAUAAAUUUGGUGGACUUCCGAGAGUCAUGAUGAAUGGAGAAUUGUACGUUGAACUAAAAAGCAGAGAUGGAAGUAAAAAAAUCUAUUAUACUGAGCAUCAAUUAAGUUGUUUGACAUUAUACUUUAAAAUUAGAUUUCUUAUGCGUAAGCUUAAAGGCACAAAUCAACCAUGGAGAAUGACAAUUAAAGAAUUAUUCAGCCAAUUAAAGGACUUAAAGGAAUCAAAACUCGUGACAUAUCAACAAUUAAAGCACAUGACACAAAUAAAGCUCUUUGAAGCAAAAUGGUCUGAUGAUGACUUGCUGGAAAUUGAGAUACCAAUUGAUUUAAUUGAUGAGACAAGCGACAAGGAGAAUACACCGUCUGUUCGUCAAGUUUCAUUGCGUCAACCUUUAGAUUUGAAAAAUGCUAAAGCUGAAAAGAAGCUUCGUUGGAUAAUAUUAAGGCUUAUUGAGUCAUAG